AUGUGUAACGAAGCGUUACUGAGCCCGCGCCUGAGGGCUCGACCACACCGACACGCCCGAACAUCCGACGUGUCGGUGUACACGGCGCUUAGCGCCACUUUAAUGGCCACGCGGCCUUACGCACAUCUGCACGUGAUCCGACGUCGCAGCGCCCUAGGUGGGGGCAGCGCGACGCGGAUUCACGCGGGUAUAAAAGCCGGGCACUCCCGGCACCAGCAAGACUCCCGUCGCUGCGGCCGUCCCAGCCACAGCGAUUACGAAGUAUCACAACGAACCUUGAAAGCGUCAGUCGGCAAAUCUACUUUAUCAAAAACUCAUAUUGGUAGUGUAUCCUCAUUAUACAGGCGUAGUGUGUUAUUCCGUACAGGCAAGGGUGGCUUCAAGAUCCCAAGAUAUCAAAACACUUACCAACUGGAACCUAUUAGGAAAUUUAACGGCGAACUCGUCGACAAAAUCUUGAUUAAUGUGAUGAAGAAUUAUUUAAUUGGCGUAAAGUAUCAUCCUGAAAUAUGCAUGCAAAUCUGUCAGAAAAUGUCAGCAGAAGUGCGCGACCAAAUUUACAGGAAAUCUUACGAUCGAUACAAAGUCAUAGUCGUCAUGUCGAUCGUUCAAAAAUUAGGACAAGGCGUGCGAAUUGAUUUUAGCAAGUUAUGGGAUAUUGAAAGGGAUACGUAUUCGACUUACGUGAUCGAGACCCCGGAAUUUUCUGCGAUGGGCCUCGUCGUGGGACUUUAUUACGAGUGAAUGUACUAUAAAAAGAUUUACGAAUGACUAUUAAUUUUUCCAUAACGAAGAAUAAAUCUCGGUGUAUCGGCUCUGGAUUAAAAAAGACAAAGAGAGAGAUUUAAACGAAAUAAAACGGUACCAUUUAAAUGCCGGUAAUAUUAUAGUUAA